AUGACUCCAUCAUUGUCACGAGUGGCGCUUCCGAUCUUGGCCAUGAAAACGUCGUUAGAGGUGUGGGCCGCGCUGAAGUGUGGGCCUGCGUUUCUCUUGCCUGAGAUUGCACGCGAGGGUUCGGCAGACGUGAACUCCACGGACGAAUCCCAGGAAGACCAAGAUGGCGAAGCUGACGAUAAUGACGAUAAUGACGACGACGACGACGACGACGACGAUAUUCUUCAACGCUUACAAGCCAUGACAAGCGAUGGUCCUCCUCAUGAGCCGAUGUCUGAGGAUAAUGACGUCGUGUACGUGGAACACCUGGAACACCUGGUCUUCAAUGAGGAGCUGUGGGCACAGCUUCUGGAGAAGGGCUCCGCCAUAGCCAGGAAUCGCGAGCUUCCCGGGGACUUUCCCCAAGUGUUGACUACGCAAGAAGACGUACUCGAUGCCAAGAGGGCUCUCCUCACGGUACUAAGCCCUUCGGCGGAACACUCCUAUCCGCUGCAACAAGAUCUCGUCCGCCGUUGGUUGCGGGAGCAAGCCUACAACUUCUUGGACACGCGCUUGCUUAUGUUGAGCGGACAAGAUCGACGACAUGCGCUCAAGAAGUACGGAAUUUUGUGUGCGAAUGUGGAAAGUGUGCGGAGCAGAAGGGGAGCGAAGCGUGACUUGUAACACAUGACGCGCAUAGGGUUAGAG